AUGAUGACACGGCCAGACUCCGCGCAGGAGCAAUGUUGCAUCUGCCUGGACAGCUUAGGCACUCCGGGUCUCGGCUGCCAGAAGCUUCCUUGCGGGCAUACUCUCCAUGAGCGUUGCGUCAACGAGUUGCGCCAGCAUGGCGUGGCAGUGGCUUGCCCACUUUGCCGUGAGCAUCUCCCGGAUUUGCCUCCAGUUGAUGUACUGUAUGGCGAGGCGUUCAUAUUGAAGCUGCGCCAAGAGUACACGCAGGCCUUCCAGAAACUUGAGGAAGUGCUUGAAAUCCAGCCAAGUCACGGAGAGGCUUGUGGGAUGAAAGCAUCCUUCUUUGACACUGGAAAUGGGGUACCGCAAAGUGAUGUGCUGGCUGCUGAGUGGUACGAACGAGCUCUGCAACUUGGCCUCAAGCCCUACAACAAUCUGGGCCAGAUCUACCAGCGUCUUGGAAGAGUGAAGGAGGCCAAGGCCAUGUUCGAGAAAGCUACUUCGCGUGGCGAUGGCUUCUCUGCGUCUGCAUAUUUCAACCUUGCGCGUUCGAAGCAACAGGAAGGCAAACUUCAAGAGGCAGAAGAGCUCUAUUGGCAGGGUCAUCGCAGUGGACAUCUGAUUUCAACUUAUAACUUAGCGAACAUGAUAAUGCGACGAGGCAACUAUGCCGAGGCUGAGAUACUCUACCGGGAUGUGAUCAGAAGGGAGCCCAUAGUUUCCCUGAUUCCAAGCUGUUGGGAGGACGACGAGCACGUCUCGAAUGCAAUGAACAACUUGGGAAGCCUCUUGGAUAAGCAGGGAAAGAGAGACGAGGCGCUCAGGAUGUGGGUGCGCGCCGCCAAACGAGGCAACGAGGACUCAUUGCUCAACCUGCUCCUGUUUGCGCGAAAGUCUGUUGAGCCAAGAGGCGCCAGCGCCGUCGAGGAUGUGGUUCCGAAGUUGCUGUCUCAGUUCCUCCAAAGCCCCUCAGCAACAAAAUCAGUAGAGACCUUCGUGGAGGCCUUGAAAUCCUUGAAGUCUCCGGAGGAGCUGAGCUUCUCGAAGGGUUGCCACGUGAUUCUGUACGGCCUGGAAACCGAUGCUGGCAAAGCGUUGAACGGGUGCCGAGGUGUAGUGCUUGGGAAGGACACCAAGACUGGUCGCUUAGCCGUUCAAGUCGACGGUGUCGGACGCAGGCUCCGAAAGCGUGCCAACUUAGCCUGGUCGCCUUUCCCACCUGAAGCCUCCUCACGGAGCAGCCCCCAGAUUGAUGACCUCGGUGCAGCUCUCGAAGAAAGCAGUCGCCAAGCAGAUGAGCGUGCUGCAGACGACAAUGCCCCGCUGAUGGAAGCCCUCUUGCACUCAAGACAGCCUGAGAAUCAUGUUGGUAUCGUUGUCCUGGAGUACUCCCGCAAUGAAGCCUGGUUCCGCAAAGCUUUGGCCACGGCUCCAGAGCUUGCGGAGCGGCGCCAGGCCAUUGAGGAUGCUGGAUACCAGGUUGAGCUCAGCUGCGGCGCAAAGUGCCUGGUGCCGGCAAACAUCUUCAAGCUUGUCGAGGAGGACUUGCAGAGGCGUGGAGUGACCUUGAGCAAGCGCCAUGUUGUCGUUGACGCUGCGCUCGAGGCGGUUGUGGCGAAGGUCAUCAAUGACCACAGCGAGGCGCUGACUCGUCGCGAACGUGGCAGCUUCAAGCUGAAGGGAAGGUCCAGUAUGGAGGUGGACAUGGAACCUCCCUCGACUCCUUCCAGUUCAGGUUCAGAAAAGCUGCCCGUGAAACGCACAUUCAUCCAGGUGCAGAUUCCAAGUUCCAUGUACUCCCUAUCCUCAGAGCAUCCUCACACGGCAUAA